GACGUGCUUGAGAGCUAGGUCUGGAGGAAGGGGAGGGAGCAGCAGCCUGGUCUCUGGGCCUCAGGGUCAAGCCACCUGGAUCUCUCUCUUCCUUGACACAGCAGUCAGGUGCCAGUGAGACAAGAUGAACUGGACGGGUCUGUACGCCUUACUCAGCGGGGUGAACCGGCACUCCACAGCCAUCGGGCGCGUCUGGCUCUCGGUCAUCUUCAUCUUCCGCAUCAUGGUGCUGGUGGUGGCCGCCGAGAGCGUGUGGGGCGACGAGAAGUCCUCCUUCAUCUGCAACACCCUGCAGCCGGGCUGUAACAGCGUGUGCUACGACCAGUUCUUCCCCAUCUCCCACGUGCGCCUGUGGUCCCUGCAGCUCAUCUUGGUGUCCACGCCGGCCCUGCUGGUGGCCAUGCACGUGGCCCACCAGCAGCACAUGGAGAAGAAGCUACUGCGGCUCGAGGGUCACGGGGACCCCUUGCACCUGGAGGAGGUCAAGCGUCACAAGGUGCACAUCUCGGGCACGCUGUGGUGGACCUACGUCAUCAGCGUGCUCUUCCGCCUGCUCUUCGAGGCCGUCUUCAUGUACGUCUUCUACCUGCUCUACCCGGGCUACGCUAUGGUGCGCCUGGUCAAGUGCGACAGCUACCCCUGUCCCAACGUGGUGGACUGUUUCGUGUCCCGGCCCACGGAGAAGACCGUCUUCACCGUCUUCAUGCUGGCCGCCUCAGGGAUCUGCAUCGUGCUCAACGUGGCCGAGGUGGUAUACCUCAUCAUCCGGGCCUGCGCCCGGCGCGCCCAGCGCCGCUCCAACCCCCCCUCGCGCAAGGGCUCCGGCUUCGGCCACCGCCUGUCCCACGAGUGCAAACAGAACGAGAUCAACAAGCUGCUCAGCGACCAGGACGGCUCCCUCAAAGACAUCCUGCGGAGGAGCCCGGGCACCGGGGCCGGCCUGGCCGAGAAGAGCGACCGCUGCUCCGCCUGCUGAGCCCACGGCCGGGCCGCACCCACCGCCAGCUCUAGCCUUCGCUCGCUCUCGGUGCCCCCGGUCUGCCAGGCCGCAGCCCAAGCACGCAGCUCUCGCCCUCUGACUAGGGGGGUAGGGAAGGAGAAGGGAGGUGGAGGUGGGGAGGGGGUGGCAGGGAGCAUGUCACCUCCUGUUCCCCGAGCUUAAGGGAACAAAGGGGGUUCUAGUUCUUCCUGUUUCUCCUCCCCUUUCUAAUUCCUGCUCCUCUUCCCGGGCCCCCCGGGUACUUCUGGGGGUUAGGGGUGGAGGGGGGCUUUGCCAGCACUUCCACUGAUGACACUAACCUUAACCCUGACACCAUUUGGGGCCUGUCAGUAGGGUGGGGGUCAUUGCUGGCACCUGGGAAGGGCUCGGACGGCCGGGAAGAACAAGGCUUGGAUUCCAUCUGACCGGCGGGGGUGGGGGGAGUGUUGCUCAGUCCUGUCUUUGACUCGAGGAGCCCGGGCCCGCAAUGUUACACAUUAAACAGGAUUUUACAGUAAA